AUGAGAAUGCUGCAGCUCAACCCCGACUCUAGAGUCAUGGAUGGGGGCAAAGAUGCAUCCCAACCGAAUCUUGAAAGCUUCCAAUUCUCGUUCAAAUUGCCAUCGAGAAGAAGUUACUUUGAAUUAGACUCCAAUCCUCCUGACGAAGAUUGCUCUGCCUCGCUCACCGGUAGCGUACAAGACUUUCCCGUUGAGUUUGGUCGCACCUACCACGCGUACAAGGCAGGAUCUUAUGCAUUCCCAAACGACUUGCUGGAGCAAGAUCGCCUCAAAAUCCAAAGCCAGGCCAUCUUGAAGCUCUUCCGCGGAAGGAUAUUCUUUGCGCCGCUGAACCAACUCCAGCCCCCGAGAUACGUUCUGGACGUUGCCACUGGGCUCGGUGAUUGGGCCAUCCAGAUGGGCGACUUGUUUCCCAGCUCGGAAAUCAUCGCGACGGAUUUGUCCCCUAUUCAACCUGACCAAGUACCUCCCAACGUGAAAUUCUAUGUGGAAGACUCAUCUGAGCCUUGGGAGUACUCGCACAAGUUCGACUAUAUACACACUCGGGGAACUGGUGGAUGUUGGUCGUCCUUCGAGAAGCAGGUUGUGCAGCAAGCCUACGAUGCACUGGAGCCCGGCGGAUAUCUCGAAUCACAGGAGUUUGACUCUUCUGUGUCAUGCGACGACGGCACGUUGGAUCCAGAGGGACCACUUGCGCGCUGGAUGGGAGACAUUACCGCAGCCGCCGAGCAAUGUAAUCGGCCAACCGUCAUGGGCCCAGCCAUGCGGGAGGCGUUUCAGCGGGUUGGAUUCGUCGAUGUUCGAGAGGUCAUGUUCAAGAUUCCAACAAAUGCCUGGCCCAAAGACGAGGACCUGAAGGAGCUCGGGAGGCUGUGGGAGGCGAAUAUGACGACGGGGCUGAGCGGCUUCUCCUUGAGACUGUUCAGCAGGGCGUUUGCUAGAACACCCGAGGAAACCGAGGUCUCUCUAGUCGACGUGCGGAGAGAAAUGUCGGAUACGAGGAUACAUGCAUGGAUGCCAUGUUUUGUGGUGUGGGGGAGGAAGCCGCAUGCCGGGGAAAUGGCUACAUGA